AUGUUCAAUAAAGACACCAUUGACUCACUGCCAUCAGAGGCUAAAAAGGAGCUGGCUUCCCUAGCAGAAAAGUAUAAAAAGGGUGAGAUAAAUGCAUCCGAAUAUAAAAAAUGCUGCACGGAUGUAAUAAUGGAGCAUAAUGAAGAGAAGGAAGAAGACACAGCGCCACAAGAGGUUAGAAGAGGAAGGCCUUCUAGCAAGGAUGACCAGAAGCCAGAAUACAUGAGCGAUAUAAUUCAUUAUGCUGGAGUAAACCUAAAGGAAGAGGCACUUAACAUUGCAAAUGAAGCAGAGGAAAGUCUUCCCUUUGAUGACAUGAAAGGAAAGGUGUAUGACUACAAGAAUGCAAUGGAGUCUCUUUUUGAUAUGAGAAUAUACAGUUAUUUCUUAGAGAAGAUAAGCAAGCUUCGAGAAAUUGGGGUGAGCGAUGAUGCUUCAAACAUUCUCUUUCAGGCAGCAAAGAGAAAGAUACUCGACCUUCUUGAAAAAAUGAUACAGCAGAGCAAAGUCCGCAUGGAUGUCUCCCGAAAUGACUAUUUAAUUCGAAUAGAAAAUGAUAGAAGGCGGCAGAUGUGGUUUUUAGAGCAGGAGGAAAAGCUGGAAAUGGAUAAGUAUCGCCAGAAAAAAGAGGGAGAUGAAGCAGAAGGGAAGAAGAAGUGGAGAAAAGCCCUACAGGAUAGAGAAGACUUGAUCAUUAAAAAAAGGCUUAGCAAUAAUGUAGCACUUGCGGCACUUGGCAGUCAGCCAAAAAGCUGGAUGUCAGCAGGUACACAAAGCGCAGAUGACGGGUCAACUCCAUAUUUAACACUAUUUCAAGGGUCAGAUGAAAGAGCGCAAAAGACAAGUAAUGCCAGAAUCAUUAUUAAGGAAGACUUUUUGAAUGUUCUAUCUCGUGACAAGCGUUACAACAAAUCAAUCUUCACCAUAAAACAUACUUAUCUGUAA